AGAGGGAGGGAAAGGGAGCGGGAGAGGGAGGGGGGGGCAGAUAGAGGGGGAGAGAGAGAGAGAGAAACUCAAGUAAUACCACCGAAGACCACGCGCUACAGAAGACGGACGAAGGCACGCGACAUGUCUCAAGGAUUCAGGUGUGUGUGGAUACGUCCCAGGUGUCGUGCUCGCAGGUCAUGGCUGGGAUAGAGGUGGAAGCGCUGGCAGGGAGCAGAUAAUAUGCCUGCGCAUUUGGCACGGCACACGCGAUGUGGCACACUAUGGCACGCGUAAAGAUGGGUCUCUUCGCUCUCCUGUGUCUCUCCGCAUGCGUCCUCCGCGCCCCGGUGCUCUGCCACAGCAGCGGCAUCUACGAGCGCUCGGCCGUCCCACGCGCCGUGUCCCGCUCCGUGGCGCGCAUGGACGGAGACGUGAUCAUCGGCGCGCUUUUCUCCGUCCAUCACCAGCCGUCCGCCGAGAAAGUGGCCGAGCGCAAGUGCGGGGACGUCCGCGAGCAGUACGGCAUCCAGAGGGUGGAGGCCAUGUUCCACACGCUGGACCGGAUCAACGCAGACCCCAACCUGCUCCCCAACAUCAGCCUCGGUUGCGAGAUCCGGGACUCCUGCUGGCACUCGUCCGUCGCCCUGGAGCAGAGCAUCGAGUUCAUCCGGGACUCCCUCAUCUCCAUCCGAGAUGACAAGGACGGGUCCAAGUGGUGCAUUGACGGAACCCCGUCCAACCAGCCGCCGCCCUCCAAGAAACCCAUCGCAGGAGUGAUCGGACCCGGAUCCAGCUCUGUGGCCAUCCAGGUGCAGAACCUGCUGCAGCUCUUUAACAUCCCGCAGAUCGCCUACUCUGCCACCAGCAUCGACCUGAGCGACAAGACUUUGUUCAAGUACUUCCUGAGGGUCGUUCCAUCAGACACCCUGCAGGCCCGGGCCAUGCUGGACAUUGUCAAGAGGUACAACUGGACCUACGUGUCUGCAGUGCACACAGAAGGAAACUAUGGAGAGAGCGGCAUGGAGGCCUUCAAAGAGCUGGCCUCUCAAGAAGGCCUAUGCAUUGCCCACUCGGACAAGAUCUACAGUAACGCGGGGGAGAAACACUUUGAUCGACUUUUGAGGAAAUUACGGGAACGUCUCCCCAAAGCUCGCGUGGUGGUGUGUUUCUGCGAAGGCAUGACCGUCCGAGGUCUCCUGAUGGCCAUGAGGCGACUGGGCGUGUUCGGAGAGUUCCUCCUCAUUGGCAGUGACGGAUGGGCAGACCGGUACGAGGUAGUGGAGGGUUAUGAGCAGGAAGCAGAGGGAGGCAUCACCAUGAAGCUGCAGUCGGCAGUGGUCAAGUCCUUUGAUGACUACUACCUGAAGCUGCGACUGGACACCAACAAGAGAAACCCCUGGUUCCCCGAGUUCUGGCAGUAUCGCUUCCAGUGUCGUCUUCCAGGUCAUCCGCAGGAGAACAAGAACUACAAAAAAGUCUGCACUGGAAAUGAGAGUCUGCAUGAAAACUAUGUUCAGGAUAGUAAGAUGGGCUUUGUCAUCAAUGCCAUCUAUGCCAUGGCUCAUGGCCUUCAUGACAUGCACAAGGAGUUGUGUCCAAGCCAGACAGGGCUCUGUGAGGCCAUGGACCCUAUUGAUGGCAGCAAACUGCUGGACUACCUGCUCCAGACAUCCUUCAGAGGAGUCUCAGGGGAGGAGAUUUAUUUUGAUGAAAAUGGAGACACUCCAGGAAGAUAUGACAUCAUGAAUCUACAGAAUGUGGGUGAGGAUCGCUAUGACUACAUUAAUGUGGGCUCCUGGCACGAAGGCAUCUUGAACAUCGAUGACAACAAGCUUUGGAUGAACAGCAGUGAAAUGGUUCGCUCGGUCUGCAGUGACCCCUGCUCCAAAGGACAGAUAAAGGUGAUCAGGAAGGGCGAGGUGAGCUGCUGUUGGAUUUGCACCACAUGCAAAGACAAUGAGUACGUCCAGGAUGAGUUCACCUGCAAGGCAUGUGAGCUGGGAUGGUGGCCGGAUGAUGAGCUGGCAGGUUGCCAGCCUUUGCCGUUGAAGUAUCUUGACUGGGCAGAUGUGGAAUCUAUAGUUGCAGUGGUUUUCUCCUGCGUCGGCAUCCUGAUCACCUCCUUUGUCACCUUCGUGUUCAUCCAGUACCGCGAUACACCUGUGGUUAAGUCCUCCAGCAGAGAACUCUGUUAUAUCAUCUUGGCAGGCAUCUUCCUGGGUUAUAUCUGUCCAUUCACCUUAAUCGCCCGUCCCUCAGUGGCCUCCUGCUAUUUACAGCGGCUCUUAGUGGGCCUUUCAUCUGCCAUGUGCUACUCUGCCCUCGUAACCAAAACUAACCGCAUCGCUCGUAUUCUGGCCGGCAGCAAGAAGAAGAUCUGCACCAGGAAACCUCGCUUCAUGAGUGCCUGGGCACAGGUGAUCAUCGCCUUCAUGCUAAUUAGCGUGCAGCUAACUCUGGAGAUCACGCUGAUCAUUCUGGAGCCUCCUGAGCCGAUCAAGUCGUACCCGAGCAUACGUGAGGUCUACCUCAUCUGUAACACUAGCAACGUAGGCAUGGUGGCACCGCUGGGGUACAACGGACUGCUAAUCAUGAGCUGCACGUACUAUGCCUUCAAGACACGGAACGUCCCUGCCAACUUUAACGAGGCUAAAUACAUUGCCUUUACAAUGUACACUACCUGCAUCAUCUGGUUGGCCUUUGUGCCCAUCUAUUUUGGCUCCAACUACAAGAUCAUAACCACAUCGUUCUCUGUCAGUCUGAGUGUAACGGUGGCACUGGGGUGCAUGUUCACACCCAAGAUGUACAUUAUCAUUGCCAAGCCAGAGAGGAAUGUCCGAAGCGCCUUCACCACGUCGGACGUGGUGCGAAUGCAUGUUGGAGAUGGAAAGUCUGCGGCUCCAUGCGGGAGCAACAGCUUCCUCAAUAUGUUCCGCCGGAAGAAGGCUGUAUCUGGCAAUUCCAAUUCUAAUGGCAAGUCUGUGUCAUGGUCUGAAUCAGGUGCAAGACACCCUCCGAGGGGGGGGAAUGUGUGGCACAGACUGUCUGUGCAUGUGAGGAAACAAGAAGCCAGCUUGAAUCAGACGGCGGUCAUCAGGCCCCUAACUAACACCCCCGACCCCCACAGUUGUGAGCCCUCCACCUGCAACCUUGGCACAGACCCACAUCUCCCCCAAGAACCGCCCGGAACUAAGCCUCUGUACAACCUGGCGGAGGAAGACGACGAGGGCGACGCACAGCGCCCCCUCUGGACCUCCACUUGCUCUGAACAGAUGCAAGGCCCGGAGUCUGAUUUAGACGAGCCGGCUCCUUACUUGCCCUCUCGGAACACCACCACAGAGCGCUCGCAGGGUGCUGUGGUGGACACACACAGCUCCCACGUCCCUUCACUGAACGACCACGCUGCCAGGGAGCCGAUCCCUUCCAACCAGCCUUUGAGCUUGACGCCCUCUCAGCUUCCCUCAGCCCCACGAGUCGGAGCGUUCGAAGACGAGGGGCCCGAGGACGAGGAGCUGGACCUCUUGCACAGCUACAUUUACGAUGCCAAGGAUGAAGGGGAUGGGGAGGACGGGGACGGGGAGGAUUUAACUCGGCACAAAACAACUCUGGAGGAUUCCCUCGCUCUGUCUCCCCCAUCCCCCUUCAGAGACUCCGUGUGUUCGGGGGAGUCUGUCACCGGCUCCCCCAUCAUCGAGUCGCUGCUCAGUAGCCCUCCAAGCUCAGUCUACACCUCAAACAUCCUCCGAGACUUUGCACACAGCUCCUCAACACUGUGAGAGCAAAAAAAAAAACUGGUACUGAUACGGUGGCUGUCAACAGACUUGUGCAUCACACAGACAGGCAUUUUUUCCCCACAUACACACAGACAUAAACGCAUACAUACAGUUAUAUUAUUUAACAUUUCAAGGUUUUUAACAUUUAUUUACUUUUUGCUUUGCCAUUUGCUCGCUUGUAUUUAUUACUCUGCUUUUAUCAGUAAGUGGUUAAGAAAAAACUAAGUGAAGAUACAUCAGGAAUUAUCUAAGAGUACUGCAGUCUGUCAGUGCACAAAGCCUUUUUCUGUAAAAUGUUAAACUGGGAACAGUGCCAAAACUAGUCAGCUCUCAUGCCAAAUUCUGACGAAUGAAGCAAACUGAGAAUCGUUAAAAUAUAUAUAUAUAUAUGUAGCUGUGGUUUUCAUAGGCAGUGCAAUUAAGUGGUCUGCGAGAAGAACAAAAAACCACAAUCCUAUGUGUAUAUACUGUGUUUGCAGAGUGCACUUUGGCACAUCCGCAGGCCAGACUUUUGCUAAAAACCACGAUAGCUCAAGUGCGUUUGAGUUUCGAUUAGCUCUGCUCUUCUCUGCUGCACACUUCUAGGUCUCUUCACGGGUGCAGCAGUCACAGUAUCUGCUUUUCUUUCCUCAUUAAUUGAUUAUCUCCGCCUCAGCUUCCUCUCAUCAGACCUCAUUGCAAUUUAAAUAUUUUACAAAUUAACAAGAAAAAGUGUCGGUUGAAUAUUGUGUCGCCAGGUGUGCUCACCACAAAAGUAUUAUUUAACGAAGUGAGAUUUUUCCGCUCAAGACUUGCGCUGUAUGAUAUAUGGCUAUAAUGUGCCAAUCAAGAGUUGUUAUCAACCUACAUCCCUGCUUUUUCAUGAUGUAGCUGAUACAGGUACUAGCGUGAUUGUAGAUGAUGGCAAUGUUGUUCAUUCAGUUUACACUCGAUCAUAACCCUGAGAACAAGUUUUUUCUGCGCAUGGGACGUGAUAAAAGAAAUUGCUCUUGCUUUCCAUGCGGUGUUGAUGUUUCUCACGUUUUCCGAUUUUUGCUGUGUCGGUGUAAUGGAAAACACAUUACAAAGUUGUACAAAUUCGCAAAGUUUGUAAUACUGUUAAGCCAUCUCUUGUUUUUUCACACAGGUGGUAUGUUUGUAAUACUGAUAAAUGUUUCUAUAUUUAGAAUGUCAACAGAAAAAAAAAAGAGUUUAUACAUUUUGAAACUGUCCUCAGAUACUUGUCAAGAAGCAGUGUGUUUGGUUUUUUGGGGUAACUUUUAUUAAGCUAACUUGAGUCAAUUGUAUCCUAUUGAAUACAUUUGGUUGUAAAAGUAACCAAUGAUUAGUUGCUUCUUGUAAUGAGAUGAUACAUGUUUCGAUUUUUGCUUAAAUCUUGCAUUAUAAACUUAAGUAGUUUACUUGAGGUUAAGUUUCUUAGUUCUUUAUCUAUAAGAAUGCAAGUCAUUGCAAAGUACAAGACUACACAGUACGUAGUGCAAUUGUAUUGUAUUUCCAAAUGUUUUUAGUCGAUUAUAGUGUAAGUUGUUCGAUGAUUUUAACCAAUGUAAAAUAUACGAGGUGCCACCUGUUCAACACUGUCGAAUCUAGAAUGAAAUAGGCCUUUAUGUUUUGGGUGAGCUGAACAUGAACAAUGCUGUAAAAUAAAAACUAUUUAUAUUAAGAA